AUGACUGGAGAGGUUCUAAAGGACAUCGCAGACAAAGCCUUGAUGAGCAAGCUUAAAGAGGUAGAUACAGAACUCAUGGAGUCAAAGUCAGUUGAUAAGGUGUCAGUUAUUGGAGAGGAAAUUGGAGUUCAGGGAGUCGAGUUUGUCCAAUCGUUUGUGUCAGAGUCGAAUCAAGUCGGUAAAAUUGUGUGUGAGGAUAAGAUUAUUGUUGAGAAUGUUUCAAUCCCCGAAACACCAUGUCAAAAACAAUUGAAAGAGGCGUAUGAUACGUUAGCUAGGUCAAUCAAAAUGAUUCAAAAAGAAAGCACUGAAAAUGAUAAAGCUACAAAAUUAGCACAGGCCACAUUGUUUGAUAAACAAAGAGAAGUUAAUUUUCAUCUUGACACGAUUGCAUCAUUAAAAAAAGAGCUUGAGUUGGUUAAAAUAGAAAAUGACCGAAUUGAUCAAAAGUUAAUGAGUUAUGUGGCUUCAUCUUAUGUCUUAGAACAAAUUGUGUUGGAUGAUGAAAGUGAAAAAUCUGAGAAGGCUCAUUCGGUGGAAGCUAAUGUCAAGUACGAGAACGUUGAGAAAGUGUUUAAGUUGGUUGAACUGAGUGUUAACGAAAUCAAGAAAAAUGAUUUCUUUUCAAAACUGAAAAAAUCGUUUGGUACCUCAUGUCCCACUAGUUCGGAAAAGAAAGAUGGGGUGGGUAGAGGUCAAAACAAGAAAAAUCAGUUUAAGAAACAAGGUAUUGGGUUUGAGAAGAAACUGGCUAAACAAGUGGUUAAGCCAAAAGAUAGGAUAGAUGAUGUGUUUGUUGCUGGUCCUAGCGCUGAGGAUGAAAAAGAAUAUAUCUUUAGUCAAAAGGCUGUGGACGAUUUCAAUGCAGCACAGAAGCUUAAAGUAGAAACUGUUAAUACCACUUUUGUCGAGGGUAAAUCAUUGAAGUUGGAGGAUAAACUGAAAUCGAUUUUCGAGAUUGGCGAAUCUUCUAAAAUCAACAAGACUUCAAAGUUUUACCCCAAGACAAAAGUUUUUGAAAAUCAAUCGUGGAUCGUGAAGUCGAAACCGUCAGUUGAGAUCAAGAAAAUGGAAAAUGUUUGGAAAAAUGAGUCAAAUCUUGUUAAAGAUGAUGUUGUUGAGUUUGAGUCUGAGCUUGAUAAGUUUUUGUCAGAAUUUCCCACAAUUAACAACAAAAUAAAACAAGAUGUGAAAGAAAAGGCUUCAAAUGGGCUGCCCAAGUCGAUUCUUUCGAGAUGGAUUAUGGACAGUGGAGCAUCACGCCACAUGACUGGGUCUUUAGCUCUUCUGUAUGAUGUCAAGUCGAUAAACGGAAGCUACGUUGGGUUCGCAGGGAACCAAGGAGGCAGAAUUGUUGGCCAAGGAAAGCUUACUAAUGGAGUGAUAUCUUUCGACAAAGUGAACUACAUCGUAGAGUUAACAAACAAUUUGUUGAGUAUAUCACAAAUCUAUGAAAAGAUGAAGAGGAAAGCGAAGCGUGAACGAGAACGUGAAAAUCAGAGGAUUGCAGAAAAGAGAGGAAUGUUUAUGAAAAUGCAAGCUGAUGAAGAGAAGGCGAGGAAGAAAGAAAAUGAAAGAAUCAGAGUUGCACUGAGUAAGAAGCCAAAACCGAGGGAAGAGAUGUACAGAGCUAUCUGUGUCACACCCUGA